AUGGAAGACGUUGAGGUUUUUGGAAUUAUGUGUGAUGAAGCAAGGUGAAAUAUAAAUUAUGUUUUAUACAUGGACUUUUUAAUUUAUUUUUAUUAAAUUAAUUUAUAGGUGUUACAAUCAAGAACAAAUGGCAUUAUGUGUAAGGUAUGUUAAAAACUAAAUGUUGUUGAGAGAUUUCUCGGUUUUAUAGAUUGUUCUAAGAAUCAAAAUGCUGAAAGUUUAUAUCAUUACAUAUUAUGGUACCUGAAAAAGUGUAAACUUAGUUCUAAACCACAAAUAGUUGCUCAGUCAUAUGACGGUGCAAAUGUUAUGUCUGGGAAAUUUAACGGAUUACAAAAUAAAAUAAAAAAUCAAUAUCCUUACGCUAUUUAUACCCACUGUAUGGCUCAUAAAAUGAACCUCAUUGUAAUUGAUAUGUGUAAAUAUGUAAAGGUAAUGAAUAUUUAUAUACAUCUUAGAUCUUCAUGAUUUUUUUUAUUACUUAUAUUAAUAUUGGGAAACAAGGCAUGUGUUUAGUGCACACUUUAGAAUCCCUGUACGUACAUUUUUUUCAUCCAUCAAAAAAUCAAAAAUUAACUGAGAUUCUAACUAAACUAGGAAUAAAACAUACGACAAUGACUUGGUGACACUAGAUGGAAUUGCCGUUAUCGAAAUAUAGAGUCUGUUAAAAAUAGUUAUAAAUCAAUAAUUAAUAAUUCAAAUUAUUUAAAUUCCAAUAUCUUUGUUUUAGAUAUAUUAACAAAUUUAAAAAGUGGACGAUUUAUAGUUUAUUUAUUUAUCUUACAUANAGUAUUAAUUAAUAUUAAUAUUGUUUCUAACAAAUUUCAAGAAAAAAAUGCAACCUUAGAGGAAUCUAAAAAUAUCAUUGAAGGUGUGAUCAUAACUUUUAAAAAUUCUAGAACAAAAAAGUAUUUUUUUAAGCUUUGGUGCGAAAUAGAAAUCUUUGCUAAAGACAAUGAAAUAUCAAUACAAACGCCAUCUAAAGUUAAGACUUGAUAAACAUAUUAUAUUUAUUUAUAAUUAUAAUUUUAAGUUAAUAUUUACUUAACUAGGAUGCAAAAGAAAAAGACAAGAGCCACACAAUCUUAAACAUUUUGAUACUACUACAACCACAAGUGCUGAACAAAAUAUUAAUGACACCAUAGAAAGCAUUGAAGAUUAUUUUAGGAAAAAUGCUUUCUUUCCUGUAUUUGAUGCUAUCUUGAUAAAUCUGGAAAAAAGAUUUUCUACUGAAAACCUCCAAAUGGCUACAGCUGUUGAUCAAUUUUUUCAAUUAAAGUUUGAGGAAAGUCUUUUCUUUGUAGAUCAUUAUAAAGUAAGUAUCUUAUCAGUUUUUGAAAAUUAAUUUUUACUUACCUAUGCUCUAGUUUUCUAGUUUUAUUAAGAGUGAACCUGUAUUUUGUAUAUUUUUCAGGAUUUGAUGAAUGUAUCUAAAGAUGUACUACAGUCACCAAUGUACUACAGUCACAUUGCCACCAAUAUAGGUUGGAACAAAUUCUUUGGUAGAAAAGUUGUGUACCAAGAAAAGAAGGCUGUAAUAUAUAUUAUCUAA